AUGGUUCCAGAAGACAUUGAGAAGGAAUUUUUAGAAUAUUCGUCUUUACCUAAAACUAACCAGUAUAAAUUAAAAAUUAGUCGAGAUGAAUUCUACAAUUCCAUGCGUCUACGGGGCUUCGAUUAUAGUGGUAUUUUCAUGGGUGUGCAACAGUGUGAUAUAGACGGAAGAACGGCAAGUUUAAAAUGGAACAAUAACUGGAUCGCGUUUAUGGAUAGCAUGGUUCAAUAUAUUUUAAGCAUAGAAGCAACAGGACACAGUUUGCCUACUAUAUUUGAUAAAAUUGUUAUUAAUCCUUUGGAACAUUUGAAAUCUGUUAAUUCCAACUCUAAUGUGACUUUGAAUUAUGAUAAAGAUUUAAAUGCUGCUAAGUGUGGUGGUAUUGAAAUAAGAAACAUAUAUGUUACGAAUGUUAGAAGACGUGCAACAGAUAUUCCACCAACUUUAAGAAAAUAUACUUUUGUACCUAAUAAUGAUACUCAGAAAGAAGUCGAUCCUUUCUAUCACAGCGUCGAUGUGGCUACACAGAUCGUAAUCGAUAAUUGUAUGCAAGACCUGAACUUGGGAAUUGUAGAAAUUGGAUCAGAUAAUGCCAUUCCGAUCCUCAAAUCAAAUAUCGACAGAGAAAAUUUGAAAAAAAUUACUUUCAGUCAAGUGGAUACUAUUGAUAAAAUAUCCACCGAUUACAAUUUGAUAAUCGCAUCGGACGAAUUAUCAUUAAAAAAUAUUGAAGCGUACAUGAAACGAGCAGAAUUCGUCUUUGCUAAAGUUCAAAAUAUUGAAAGCAAAGAGGUUGAUGUGAUUUACCAACAUACUUCAAAGUCAGGUAGCUACAUUUUAAUGCGGCGUCCCAAGGAAGCUCCAGAGAAUAGUACCAUCAUAGUAGCAAACAACAACAACUACAAUUGGGUCAGAGACUUAAAAUUGGCUGUAAAAAAGCACAAAGCUCCUGGUUCUCGAAUUUACCUAAUAAAUGAAGAUUUCAAUUCGGGAAUAAUAGGUCUUUUUAACUCGAUUCGCUUGGAACAGUACUGUUCCAAUUUGAGAGUGUUUCUCCUAAGAAGUUAUGAUAAAAUUGAACCGUUUUCACUUAAAUCUGAUUUCUAUUUACCACAAAUUAGAAAAGAUUUAACUGUUAACAUUUAUCAAGAUGGUUGUUGGGGAACAUAUCGACGACUUCCUCUAGAAACGUUCCAGCCCACUUUGAUGUCAGAUGCUUGUCUCAUCAAAGAUAAUAAAGAGAUAAAGUGGGUCCAAAAAUCACCAUAUCAGAAACAAAACAACAUAUUUGUUCAUUGUGCUAGUAUCAGUAAAUGGGAUUCUUUGGUAAUCAACGAAAAAGCUGGACUGGAUGUAGAAAACACUGUCCUUUUGGGUUUGGAGUUUUCUGGAGUUGAUAACAAUGGAAACAAUGUAAUGGGGAUAGUACCAGGAGGGGCUUUAUCUACUAAAGUGGAAGCACACCCAAAACUCACAUGGAAUUUCUCGAACAAGCUGUCAUUCGAAGAGGCGACAACAAUUCCCUUGGCUUACACUCUAAGCUACUACAGUUUGUUUAUACAAACAUAUCUAUCACCCAACGAUUCUAUUCUUGUUCAUAAUUGUACAAGUGAUCUCAGUGUGGCGGCUACAGCGUUAGCUCUAAAUAGAGGUUGCAAGGUGUUUGCUGUUGCCGAUUCAUCUCAACGGAAUGUAUUAAAACUUAUGUUCCCAACGAUAGACGACAGCAAUAUAAUUUCACAUUUCAAAGAAUUAUUAAAAUUAUCAAAGAAGUGUGUUUCAAAAAAUGGUCGGUUUAUUGAGGUGGCCAACAGCAUCAUGGAUUUCUUAGUAGCAGAUGAUUUAAUGGAAAAGAACUGCUCUUUCCACAACAUCAGCAUUGCAGAGCUCUUUGAAGAAAAUGAAGACACGCUUGAUAUGAUCGCCACUGAUAUUGAAAAAUACAUAAAAGACGGCGUCGCUGUUCCUCUUAGAUAUUCCGUCUUCGAUAAAGACAACAUAGAAACCGCUUUGAAGCAUUUUGAAGAAAAGGGUCACACGACGAAGUGUUUAAUAAAGAUUAGAGAAAACGGAAGAUUCUUUACGAAACCGGACAAAAGAGUACUUGCUUAUAAGCGCACUUAUCUUGAUCCAAAUAAGUCAUACAUAGUUAUAGGAGGUUUAGGAGGAUUUGGUUUUCAGUUGACGAAAUGGUUAAUCGAAAGAGGUGCCACUAAAUUGGUUUUAAAUUCUCGCAAUGACGUUCGAUCUGGAUAUCACGCAUCAUGUUUGCAGAAGUGGAACAAUCAAGGACUGAUUGUUUUGACGAACACCUCUGAUACGAGUACUCUUGAAGGAGCAGAAAGUCUUAUAAACUUUGCUUCGAACUUGGGCCCCGUCGGAGGUGUAUUUAACACGGCUCUUCAGGCUCAAGAUGAAUUCAUGACUGAUGUAACUCCAGACGAUUUCGUGGCUGUAGCGGCGUCAAAAAUUUUCAGUGCCCAAAACAUGGAUAUAAUUUCACGGAAAUUCUGCAAACAAUUGGACUAUUUCAUUAUGUUCUCGUCUAUAGCGUCAAGUAUAGGUAAUCCCAUUCAAGGUAACUACGCAUUCGUCAACUCAGCAGUAGAACGUUUAUGUGAAACACGAAAAGCAGAAGGAUUACCUGCUUUAACUAUUGAAUGGGGACCUCUUGCGGAUGUGGGUAUUUUAGUAAGAAUGAAGUUGAGUGUUCAAUAUUUAGAAACUCAACGUCAGAAACUAUCUUCUUGUAUGGAAGUUCUGGAUCACUUUAUACAGCAAAGUGAACCGGUUGUGUCCAGCUGUGUUUACGCUACUAAAGACGAAGAAGUUUCUGAAAAGAAAACGUUGGUGGAAAAAAUUGCGAAUUUGUUUGGUAUCAGAGAUGUGGAUGAGAUUGAAGAUUCUAAAACUUUACUGGAACUGGGUAUGGAUUCGCUGCUUGGAUUUGAAAUUAAACAUAUUCUGUCUCAAGAAUCGGGUGUAGAAGUCAAUGUUAACGAUAUCAGAAAUCUGACUAUUGAAAAUAUAAAGAGCAUGUCAACAUAG